AUGGCCAUAGCUCUCGGGAAAGCUAGCGUUGCCUUCCUCGUGCUGAGGCUUAUCGGGGCCAUCACAGUCUGGCGGAAGAGGUUUUUAUAUGGCAACGCGAUGCUAUUUGUGUUGGUCAGCAUCUCGUCCUGUGUUGUGAUGUUCGUCGGAUGCACACCUCCAAGAGCAUUGUGGGAGCCUGUCCCUGGAGCAAGAUGCUGGAACCCUAAAAUCGGUGUCACUUACGGCGUCUUUCAGUCAGCAUAUGGUACUCUCCUUGACUUCCUUCUUGCCUUCAUUCCGAUCACAAUCAUCUGGAGGGUGAAACUGAGCCGAAAGAAGAAACUGGGCCUGUGUAUACUUUUAGGACUUGGUGUAAUCGCGGGAGUGUGUGCUGCCUGUAGGACUAAGCAGGCUGCUAAGAUACCUGACCAUGUAGACUAUAUUUGGGAAACUUUCGAGCUUUUUGUUUGGGGAACAGCAGAAGCCUCCCUUGUGAUUAUCUGUGGCUGUAUCCCAACAGCGAAGCCCCUAUAUGAUCGGCUUGUGACAGGGAAACGUAUAGGGCCUGUGAAAUUUCAUUACCCAAACAGCAGAUCGUAUGAGCUGCAAACAGAGUACAGCCAGCCCGGCAGAACCGCUCUUCUCGACCAGUCUGGAAACUCGACGAACGUUUUCUCGACUACAGACAAUGCUGAAUGUGCGAACAAGGACAGUCAACCACAUGUCGGCUCGGAGGGGAUCAAUGUUGAGCAAAGCUUUGUUGUUGAUCUUCAUGAUCAUGUUCCAGAGAGCAUGCCUAGAAGCACGAAGGGGCAUAGAAUGGUGUGA